AUGGGUUCCCGCGCCAAAUGGGAUCCUUUCGUUGACGGCAUUCUCGAGAUACGGGUCCGGAACUGGCUCGAGGCAGUGUUGAAAGAGAAGCUACCGCCCGAUACCACCCUGGCGGAUACCCUUGCAGACGGCAUGAUCUUGUCACGCCUGACUGACAUCCUCUCGCCGUUCGCACCAAAGGGCGCUGGGAUCAACCAACGGCAGCAGCAGCAGCAACAGCAGCAGGGGUGGGGCACGAAGAUCAAGUGGGAUGCCAUGACAUUCACUGAUAAUUUUCUCACGAUGUGCAAGGCGUUUGGGCUGAGCGCCAUUGACCUGUUCACGUCAACAGACGUGGUGGAGAAGAAGGGCACCAAACGCGUCUGCCUCUGCAUCCGCGCCCUCGCUCUCAAGCUGCGAGCGGCCGGCAUCCUGGCCAUAGACUUUGAGCCGGCGUCGGCAGCAGCAGCAGUGAGUGUGGCGAAGCGCAUGCCAGCAGAGGGGGGUGUGGUAGACCGGGCAGUGAGGGAGUUCAUGGGCCCCAACUACAGGCGCGGGUGGGGUAGGGAGAACGUGCCUGCGAGCCAAUCAGGCUCGGAAAACAGCUACGAUUUAACUGGCUGGGGUGGCGCUAUGGGUGGCUCUGUAGCUGGUGCUGCUGGUGCUGCUGGUGCUGCUGGUGGUGGUGGCAUUGGCAGUGUUGAUGGUGGCAGUGGCAUUGGUGGUGGUGAUGGCAGUGGUGGUGCUGCUGCUGGUAGCAACGCCGGGAGCCAAGAACCGAAGGAGAUGGAGAAUGGGAAGGGCAGGGGGAAGGUGUCAGGCCUUGUCAGCAAAGGCUUUAGCUCUCUCUCUAACGAAGCAGAACCAACGCCAAAGAGCGUGCCAGAUGUUCCUCCCGUCUCGAGACUGGACCCUCACAUGGUUUGGCCUCCCCCCUCCGACCGCCUGUCAGCAUCAGCGGAAGCAGCAGGGAGCUUCUAUGCCAGCCUGGAUGCUUCUCGUGAUCCGUCGCUCGAUGCAGUUACCACGUCAGCUGGCACGACCUCCUCGCUCACUGACGUCUCGGCAGGCGUUACAACUGUCUGCCAUUCGGAAGGGGAAGAGGAUUUGGAGUCUGAGUUUUCGUCCUGCCCGUCUUCGCCCCGGGCAGCGUCACAUGCCCCGUGGAGUGCUAUUAUUGGAGGGGCAAUAGCUUUUGUGGCUGUGAUGCUGCUAUUCCGACCAUCCAGAAACCAGGUUGUUUUGAAUCCGAACGUCUCAUUCACCAACAACAUUCUUGCUGACUCGUCUGCCGAAACCGUCGCAUUGCCAGCACCCACGGGGAAUGAUCAAGCUACGUCGCGUGCGGAGCAUUGGGUUGAUCAGGCGAUCCUGACCGUCGAUGGAGCGGCUCAAGGCCGUCCGAUUUCGCCUUCGUUCUUCGGCAUUUUUCUAGAGGAGAUUAACCACGGGGGAGCGGGAGGGCUGUACGCGGAGCUGGUGCAGAACCGAGGCUUCGAAGCAGGCGGGCAGGAAACCCCCUCCACGAUCCACCCAUGGCUGCCCAUCGGAUCAGAGCCCCACGUGCUGCUGCGCACGGAGCGCUGCUCGCCCUUCCCGCGCAACCCCAUCGCCCUGCGCAUCGACAUCCACUGCCCUAAUUUGCCACCGGAGCAAGAGGGCGAGCAGAGAGGGGGCGAGAGGAGAGAGGGCGAGCAGAGAGGGUUCGAGAGGAGAGAGGGCGAGCAGAGAGGGGGCGAGAGGGGAGAGGGCGAGCAGCACUUGGGGCUCCCCUCGCAACGAGAGGAGAGGCAACACGAGCGAGCUGUGGGCUGGGAGCACGCCCUGGGGCUAAGUGCUGCUGCCCGCAGGCUGUCUGCUUCACGUGGGCUGGCCGGUGGGGAGACGCUGCAUGCGCUUGCGAGCGUGGUGGGAUCCCCUCCUUCGCCUGGAGGGGCCGCUGGGGUGGGCGUGUGGGCGGCUGUGAGGCACUGGCUGGGCGGGAUGCUGGGGCUGAGGCUGGCAGAUGGGGAUUCGCUGGGAGAACUGGCGGGGCGUGGCGCUGCUGGUGGUGGUGGCAAGGGGAGGAGGAGACACGGAGAGGAGCGGGAGGAGGGAGAGGAUGGAGAGGAGGGAGGGGAGGGAGAGGAGGGGCGGGCGUGUGAAGAUGGUGUGGGGGUGCUCAAUCCCGGCUACUGGGGCAUGGGCCAUGGCAUGCGGGCAGAUAUAGCAGCCAUGCUCCAGGGUCUCUCCCCCGGCUUCAUGCGCUUCCCCGGCGGCUGCUACGUGGAGGGGGUGCGGCUGGCCAAUGCAUUCCGAUGGCGCUCCACCAUCGGCCCUUGGGAACUCCGCCCGGGCCACUUCAAUGACCGGUGGGGCUACUGGUCGGACGACGGGUUGGGGUUCUUUGAGUAUCUUCAGUUCGCAGAGGACCUCGGCGCCAUGCCCAUCUGGGUUUUCAACAGCGGCAACAGCCACACGGACAGUGUGUUCACAGGCGCCCUCGCUCCCUUCAUUCAGGAGGUGCUUGAUGGAAUCGAGUUCGCACGAGGGCCGUCGGAUUCACGGUGGGGAGCAGAGAGGGCGGCCAUGGGCCAUCCUGAGCCGUUUGAUCUGCGGCACGUGGGCAUCGGGAAUGAGAACUGCUACCAGGACAACUACAGAGGCAACUUCCUUCGUUUCCGGGCGGCAAUCAAGGCGGCAUACCCUGACAUGGCGGUGGUGUACACGUGUGACGUCAGCAAGGGGCCUCCUGACCACCCCCCCACCGACCUCUACGAUUUCCAUUCCUUCGGCACAGCAGAGGGGAUCUUCAGCUUGGGCCAUUACUUCGAUGACAUCAGCAGAGAUGGACCUAAGGCCUUUCUGAGCGAGUUCGCAGUGCAAGGGGGGGGAGGGGAUGGCAAUGUGCGGGCGGCAGUGGCAGAAGCGGGUUUUAUCAUCGGGCUCGAGAGGAACAGUGACGUGGUGGCCAUGGUGAGCUACGCGCCCCUGCUGGUCAACGUGCAUGACAGGAGUUGGACGCCUGAUCUCAUUGCGUUUGACUCACACCGACUCUACGGCACCCCAAGCUACUGGCUUCACCGCAUGUUCCAACGCUCCAAGGGAGGCUCUCUGCUGCCCUCCCGUCUCUCCCUCCUCUCCUCCUCCUCCUCCUCCUCCUCCUCCUCCUCCUCCUCCUCCUCCUCCUCCUCCUCCUCCUCCUCCUCCUCCUCCUCCCCACUUUCAAAAGCCCUUCUCUUGAAUUUGACCUCCACCAGUGACGAUGCACCUUCCCCAGAUGCGACCUCCACCCCCCGAGGCGCUGAGGGCGGUGGUGAUGUGCGUGCUGCAAGGCGGUUUGAAGCAUCGGCUGUUCGAAUCACAAGAGAUGGCAAUGCAGCGUCGGCAGCUGUUCUCGUGAAGGCAGCCAACUUCCAGCCAUCCGCAGUGACCCUCCGAGUGGACUUGCAGGGCGCCGCUGUUUCGGGCCCAGCGCUGCUCACUCGCCUCUCCAGCCUCACGGGGAACCCCGAUGAUGAGAACUCCCUCGAGGACCCUCUGAAGGUCAGUGCCACGUCUCAUGCCACGUUAAAGUCAGUCGUAAGGCUCCCGGUCCUGUCCCAGGCAAGUGCUGCUCACUCGCCUCUCCAGCGCCUGGGGGAACCCCGACGAUGA